UCAUCCCAGGCCCAGCUCCUUCAUGGUCUCCAUCUGCUGCUGCUGGGCCAGCUCCCUCUCCUCCUUGGCACUCCAGAAGUCAUGAUAUUGGCCGGGGUACUCCUCCCACAGACCCGCCGUCAGCUUUGGGAUGAGGUGCGUUGGCGUUCGAGGCACCUUCUGCCACCUCUGCUGCUUGUCCACCGCCCAGCGAUGCACGGACGGAUCGUUGCGGCUCAGGAAGGGGUUCUCUGACGGAUCCGCCUCACCUACAUGACAGACAGACAGAUGGAGAGACAUGCACUGCACCUGUGUGUAUAUGUCUGGGGUCGGGGUGAGCGGGGCCCGGCAGGGCAGACUGACCUCUGUCGACUCUUUUCCAGAAGUCAGUGUGAACGUCGUGCAGCCCGUCUGGCCCCAGGUCCUUGGCCCACUCCUGGUAGGCCUCCGACUUGUACCCCAUGUGCAGAUCACUCAUGAACUCCAUACCUACACCCACACCACGCACACCCAGACAGACAGACACAGACAGGCGAGAAACAUGACAUCCAUCCAUCCAUCCAUUCCGUGUGCUUUGCUUGCUGAUCCGGCCCGUCUCCCGUACCCGGUGGCACAAAGUCUCCAUUCUUGAGGUGCCUGCCGGUGUUGUCCCAGUCCAGCGAUGGCAGACCCCACAUCAUGUCCUUCUCCUACACAGACAACACACACAGGCAGACAGACAGGCAGACAGGUGAGUGGAUCGACUGACUGACUGAGGGACACAUUGUAUGGCGGCUGUCUGGACUUGCGUACCUCCAUAGUGGUCAUCAUCGAUUGCCAUCUGCCGGCGUAGUGCUUCAUGGGCGGGAAAUCACGAUGCAAAUAGUCCGUGUAUCGACCUCUGCACACGCACACACACACGUGUGUGAGUGGCCCAGUGCUCCUCUCUCUCUCUGCCUGUGUGUGGGUAUGUAUAUGUGCGUGCGCAUCACUUUCUGAGUUCCUCCAUGAGUAUCUCAUAGUUAAUGAGUAUCUGCGUGCGGUCCAUCUCGUCGACGGGCUUGUCCCACGAGUAGCGGUCGCCACAGCACACGAUCAUCUCCCCCGUGCUGUUGUCGUGCCACAGUAUGUGGGUCUUGUUCUUCAACACCCAAAUGUCGUCACGGUAGAUCCAGUUGUUCCCCAACAGACCCUCCUUCCUACAUAGACAGACAGACAGACAGACAGAGGGAGAGGGGGAGAGGUCAGCAUACCCACCCUCUCUCUGUCUGUGUUGCCGUGUGUGUGUGGGUGGGAGGGUACAUGUUGAGCGCUCUGUCGUAUUUGUAAGGCCAGGCGAACAUCUGUCUGCCGGCGAAUGUGUCGCCCCUGUAGGGUUUAGGGCUGGCCAUGUAGUUGCCGAAGGGGAGCUUGAUCUGGUGCCAGUCCUUCAGGUACUCCUGGUACUGGUCUUCGUCGACGUCGUAGAUGUUGUUCUCCGUCACGCCCAUCGCACGGAUGAUCUGGUCGGCGUAGUCGAAGUCCAGACGACGCGCCCACAUGUCGCGGGGGGUGUCUGACCGAUCCACACAUGCACCCAGACACACAGAAACAUCCAGCUACAUGUGUGUGUGUUGGGGGGGAUGGGUGGUGCGUCGUACGUUCUAGCGUGCGGUGUCUGCCAGUGAUGUCGAGGUGCACCACCUGGGCCACGAACAGGUUCUUGUACAGACCCGCACGCGUAAAGGGGUCGCGCCGCGCAUAGUCCUUCGCCUGCAUUUGCCAUCCAUCGAUUCAUCAACGAACCAAUGGCAUUCGGAGAGAGGACGCACCAACCACACCCACACACACACCCCACCACUGACCUACCUGUUCAAGUGAGUCGCAUGUGAUGAUGGACAUUUCGCCCACAGGCGUCUCGUUGUUGGGCAUAGCGCCCACGGGGUUUGGGCCCUUGAGCUGCCAUAUGAGGGGCACGAUCUGCUUGACGGGCCGGUCGAGCUCCUCCUGGCUGUCCUGCCGGGGUGGCUUCAGGCUCCCUGAGUGCACCACAUUUGCACACCUGACACACAGCCAGGCAGACAGGCAGACAGAGGGAUCGGUGAGUGGUAUGGGUGGUGAGUGAGGCUUGGAGGACUGGGUACCUGCAGAGGUAUCUGUGGUGUUUUUCCUCCAGCUGCUCGCGGAUCUUGGCGGCCGUCAGGUCGCUGUCUUUGCCAAAUACGAGGAACGUGCUGCAGGCAGUCACAGAGACGCAACAACAUACACACAGAAAAUACACACACACAUGCACAAACAGCAUCUUGGCUGGGUUGUGCCGUGUUGUGCUGUGCUGAGGUGGCACGCUCGCUCCUUCCCUGCCUCCCUCCCUCCCUCACUCACUCACUCUUCGCCCUUCCAUGCGCCCAUCAUGAGAUGCUCGUCGGCUAUGUCGUGCCACUCAAAGAUCUCGUGAUGCCGAUACAAACCUGACGACUGACACACACACGGGUAGGAUGGAGAGAUGGGGAAGGAGGGAGUGCAUCCAUACAAUCACACCCAUCCCCUUAACAAGCUCACGAAAUAGGGGUUCUUCUCGGCGAAUUCCUUCGCGUGUUUGAGUGUGGGCGCGGCGAUGUUGAUGAGGUUGCCGCAUCCGUGUCGCGACGUUUCGUUGUAUAUGGUCAUGUCCCACAGCACCUUGGCCGUCGCAUUCCGCAGCCGGAGAGACAGACGUGCCCACACUAUGUGGUCGACCAUCUGAGGAUGACGACCAUAGUUGUACCUGACCGAACACAACACACAAACAGACAGACAAACCGCCACAUGUUCGCCUCGCCGCGCCUCGAUUUGGCCGGCGCGCACCAUUCAAACCCCGGUUUGUCGAGUGCGACAACGAGGAACUUGCGCCAACCCCAAGGGAUGGUUGGGAAGAGGUAGUCAGACUCCCUGGGCGGCCGCUGGGGGCUGGACUCGAGCAGCGGCUGGCGGGACCCCGACGGCUCCACGCCGUCCUCACCCCACCCGAACUCACGCUCGGGGAUGGGAUACUCGCCGUCAGAGAUGUCCCACCCCUGUGCAGACCACAGCAGUGAAGGGGGAGAGCCAAAGUAGGUGCGAGUGCGUCUUGUCAUCUCAGUGGCCGACUGACCUUCCACCAUGGGUUGAAUGCAUGGUAUCUCUGGAAGUUGUGAACAGAGAACGGGUGCUGAUACUCAGGCGGGUCCUGGGGCCGGCCCUGCAUGUACUUUUGCCGGCCGUGGAAGUCCACGAAGUCGCCCUCGCCCACGAGCGACGGCCGCGACUCGUCCAGCCACGUCUGGUUGUACUGCCUCGGUCCCAUCGGCAACCGGAUGUUGACCCGCUCAUCGUACUUUUUGGGGUCGAAGUAGGGCACCGGGUGCUCGAAGAUCCGCGACUCAUACUUGGGGUCGCGUUGCCGGGCGAAGAGGCGGCUGUGGGAUGAACCGAGCCGACGCAGGGGAGUGGUGGGUUGUGGGGUUGGAAGAAGGAACGCCGGUGGUGAGUGUCUGGAGCGAAAGGCGUCUCGAAAGGAGAGGGCGAGUGCCUCGUAGAGAAGGGAGAUGAUGAGUGUCAGCAGGACGGGGAUGGAGGGCGAGUAGGGCGGCCUUGACAU